AUGGAGAGGGUCGGGGCACUGGGGAGAAGUUUGCACCGAGCUCUGCAGCUCAAGAGUCGCCUCUUCAGGGAAUGUUUGGCCGAGUUUCUUGGAGUCUGCAUUCUGGUUCUGUUCGGCUGCGGGGCCGUCGCGCAGAUGGUCACCAGUCACACCAACGCCGGGAAGUUCCUGUCCGUCAACCUGGGAUUCGGGCUGGGAGCCACCUUCGGGGUCUACAUCGCCGGGGGAAUCUCCGGAGCCCAUCUGAAUCCAGCCGUGUCCUUCAGCAUGUGUUUGCUGGGAAGGUUCCAGUGGAGGAAGCUGCCGUUUUAUAUGUUCUUCCAGACCCUCGGGGGAUUCGUUGGCGCUGCGGUCGUGUACGGUGUGCAUCACGAUGGCAUCUACGCGGUGAACAAUGGCACCCUCUCUGUCACCGGCCCAAGAGCCACCGCCUUCAUUUUCGGCACCUACCCUGCGCCCUUCCUGACCCUCCUGAAUGGCUUCAUUGACCAGCUGAUCGGGACGGGGACGCUUCUGCUCUGUAUCCUGGCCGUGGGGGACACCCAGAACAACGGAGCUCCCAAGGUGCUUCAGCCCAUCUUCAUCGGCCUAUCCAUCGUGGCCAUCGGAAUGUCCAUGGGCUCCAACUCAGGAUACGCCAUCAACCCCGCCCGAGACCUUGGACCUCGCCUCCUGACCCUGGUGGCGGGUUGGGGGACAGAAGUCUUCACGGCCGGGGGAGGCUGGUGGUGGGUGCCGAUCGUGGCGCCGAUGGUGGGGGCCAUCCUGGGCUCCGCGGUCUACGAGCUGCUGAUCGAGUUCCACCACUUGGAGGACCAGAGGAGGGCCGAGGAGCUGGGUCUGAAGGAGGCACGGAGGCAGAGGUCGGAGGGCGAGGAGGCGAGGCAGCCGCAGACGGUCGUCUACAAGAAGGAGGAGGAGGAGGGGGGGCACUACAUGUGA